AGCAUCCCUCAUUGUUUCGUGAAGCCUGUGUCCUGCUGUGCCUCUGAGGAAGCAUCGAUACCUAAACUGACAGACACACUCUAGAGGCACAGAAAGCGUAAAGUGGGUCAUGGCGCUGGCAUCCCUGCGCAGUGGUGACUUCUCUUUCUCCCAUGGAUAUACCGAGGAAUAGCUGAGCAAAAGCAAACAAACAAACAAACAAACAAACGGAUGUGACACGGGUUCACUUUGGUGGGGAAUUCAAACCGUCGCCAAACAGCUGAUCCAGACUGUCAUGCAAAGCUGAUGAAAUGUCCAAAUGGCCAUCUCUGGCGGUAAUGCCACUACUCUGCGCGCUAUCACUCACUCUCGCUCACUCCACGCCCGUCUUAAGCGCUUGCUUAUUAACAACCACUCUCCGUCCAGUCCACUGAGCGUGUGAGAAAUCGGCUUAUCGUUGUGCCUCUGUGUUGCGCCUGGUGAGGGGAGUGGAUGUGAGAGGUUUGAUGGUUCGGGAAUCCACGCUGCAGAUCAGACAGGGAGGCAGAUGCUGAGGAGCAGUUUGUUUCUGGGUUCGUUUUUGGACAAAAAAAAGUGACACUUCAUCAUCAUGGAACGCUUCAUGUGAACGUCAGAUCAUCGUGGAGAAAUGGACUAGUCAGGCAUGUUUUAAUGGUUACAAUUAGGAGAUACAAAAAAAAAAAAAAAUGAUGUCCAAAACGCAUGGAGGGAGCUUGUGAGAGCGACAACUCCAGUCCUAAAUGGCAGAACUUGAAGUUUGCAGGAAUCUCAGUUUGGAAAAGGUGGAGCGAUGCAUGAGUGUGAUGCAGUCCGGGACACAGAUGGUAAAGCUGAAGGCAGGAUCCAAAGGGCUGGUGAGACUGUUCUAUCUGGAUGAGCAUUGCUCCUGCAUUCGCUGGAAGCCCUCACGCAAGAGUGAGAAGGCCAAAAUCACUAUUGAUUCACUGUACAAAGUCACAGAGGGGGGUCAAUCGGACAUUUUCCAGCGGCAUGCAGAUGGCAGCUUCGACCAGGCCUGCUGUUUCACAGUGUACCAUGGGAACCAUAUGGAGUCCCUUGACCUGGUGACUUCAAAUGCAGAAGAAGCCAGAACCUGGAUAACUGGUCUCCGCUACCUGAUGGCUGGGAUCAGUGAUGAGGACUCGCUGGCCAAACGGCAGCGUACACAUGACCAGUGGCUGAAGCAGACAUUUGAGGAGGCUGAUAAGAACGGAGACGGAUUCCUGAACAUCGAAGAGAUCUACCAACUUCUUCACAAGCUGAAUGUCAAUCUGCCACGCAGGAAGGUCAAACAAAUGUUUCAGGAAGCAGACACAGAUGAUCAGCAGGGCACGCUGACAUACGAGGAGUUUUCAGUCUUCUACAAGAUGAUGUCUCUGAGACGGGACCUGUUCCUCCUGAUGAUGGCGUACAGUGACAGGAAGGACCACCUGACAGUGGAUGAGCUGGCCAACUUCCUGCGCAACGAGCAGAAGAUGACCAACGUGACUCCAGAGUAUGUUGCAGAAGUCAUUGACAAGUUUGAGGUGUCUGACGAGAAUAAACAAAGAGGCAUCAUGGGGAUUGAAGGUUUUACAAGUUUCAUGCGCAGUCCAACAUGUGACAUUUUCAACCCUUUGCACCAUGAGGUGAAUCAAGACAUGGAGCAGCCUCUGUGUAACUACUUCAUUGCCUCUUCGCACAACACAUACCUGACUGGAGACCAACUCCUCUCCCACUCCAAGACCGACAUGUAUGCCUGGGUGCUGCAGUCCGGCUGCCGCUGUGUAGAAGUGGACUGUUGGGACGGUCCUGAUGGAGAGCCGAUGGUCCAACACGGCUACACUCUGACCUCCAAGAUACCGUUCAAGUUUGUCAUAGAGACCAUCAAUAAAUAUGCCUUCAUAAAUAACCAGUACCCAGUAAUUCUGUCCAUAGAGAACCACUGCAGCAUCCAGCAACAGAAGAAGAUUGCUCAGUACCUGCGAGAAAUCUUUGGAGACAAACUGGAUGUGGGAGAUGUUAUGAGCAGAGACUCCAAAACAUUACCCAGCCCUCACAGCCUGCAGGGCAAGAUACUCAUCAAAGGAAAGCGCCUACCUGCCUAUCUUUCUGCGGACGCCGAGGAAGGGGAGGUGUCUGAUGAUGACAGCGCUGAUGAAAUUGAGGAUGACUUCAAGCUUAAGAGCAGUAAUGGCAAUGGGCAUCACCAGGUGGAGUCUCACAUCAGAAAGAAACUGGACUCUCUACUAAAAGAAUCUCGGAUUGGAGACAAGGAAGACACCGACAGUUUCAGCAUCCGAGCUCUGCUUCGGGCUACACACCAGGGCCUUCAGAAGAACCUGCGUCAGAGCUCCAAAGGGGUUUUGAAGAAAUCCCAGAGCAGAUCCUUCAUCACAACACUCAAACAGAAGAGGCACUCCAAAUCCAGGCUGUCAUGCCAAAGCGUGGACAAGGAGGACGAUGGUCAGGAGAGGUCCAGGGGGGAGGCUGGAGGACAGUUCAACAGGGGUGGAAGGAAGAGGAAGACGAUGAAACUGAGUAGAGAUCUGUCAAACCUGGUGGUGUUCACCAACUCUGUUGCCUCACAGGAGUGUUUGAAUGAAGGUACUCCAGGUGACGUUCUGUCAUUCAGCGAGACCAGAGCCCAAUCUCUGGUAAAUCACAGAGCCGAACAGUUCCUGGCUUUUAACCAGAGGCAGCUGUCACGGAUUUAUCCCUCAGCCUAUCGGAUCGACUCGUCCAAUUUCAACCCCCAGUUUUACUGGAAUGUGGGCUGUCAGUUGGUUGCUCUUAAUUACCAGACAGAGGGCAGGAUGAUGCAGCUCAACAGAGCCAAGUUCAUGGUGAAUGGAGGUAUUGGCUAUGUCCUCAAGCCCCCUCCCAUGUGUAAAGGCUCCUUCAACCCAUUCAGUGAUGACCCGCUUCCAGCUUACCCCAAGAAGCAACUCAUUCUCAAGAUCAUUAGUGGACAGCAGUUGCCCAAACCACCAGACUCCAUGCUGGGGGACCGCGGAGAGAUUAUUGAUCCCUUUGUUGAAGUGGAGAUCAUCGGUCUGCCAGUUGAUUGCUGCAAGGAACAGACACGCGUUGUUGAUGACAACGGUUUUAAUCCAGUAUGGGAGGAGACUCUGUCUUUUACACUUCACAUGGCUGAAGUGGUUUUGGUGCGUUUCCUUGUCUGGGACCAUGACCCAAUUGGACGGGAUUUUAUCGGUCAACGGACUGUUGCCUUCAGCAGCCUGAUGCCUGGUUACAGACACGUUUACUUGGAGGGGCUGACAGAGGCUUCCAUCUUUGUGCAUGUGUCAGUGCAUGAUGUCUAUGGGAAGUGGAGCCCUCUAGUCCUGAACCCCAGCUUUACCAUAAUGCACUUUCUAGGAUCUAACAAGGGUCAUCAGCUGCGAGGCAUCCGGAGUUUGUUUAACCGCUCUUCCAAGUCUUGUGUUGAUACAAGCUCCGGUGGCCUUCGGAAACGCUCCAUCAGUGAUCACCUCCUGCGACGCACAGCCAGUGCCCCAGCAAAGGGACGGAAGAAGACCAAGAUGGCGCUAUCAGAGUCAGUGGCUUCGAUUUCAGACCCAAAGAAUGGCACAGGUGCAGGAGCAGGAGGCGAGGGCAUGUCAGGAAAGGAAGGAGGGGUGGAGAAGCGUCUCCAGCCCCGUGCCCCCCUCACCCACAGACCUAUCUCCAUGCCCUUAGACAGGCUUCUGCAAGGGCAGCUAUCCCUCUGCUCCCAAAACAAGGAACAACAUGACAAGGGUGCAGACACUGUCAUUGGAGCUUGCCCCUUCAACAGGCUCAGAUCUUCCUCUUUGGACCCUUUCACCGAAUCAUCAUUCUCUAUUGAACCAAACAUCUCUUCCCCUUCUAAAACAUACGUUAACAGAAACAACAAAUUUGACCAAUCAAAGGACACUUCUUAUCUGGUUAUUGGUGGAGGAGAAGAAAGAAAGGAAGAAGAUUAUGCCAAUUACCAGUCAGAAGACAAUGGAGUCAACAAGUCAAAGAUCAGCUCCACAGUAAUAGAGAAAAACAGUUUUGUCUCACCUUCCUCGAACAGCCAGAUGAGAUCAAAUAAACCACAAACAUCAUCAAAUAGCACAACAUUCACAGUUGCACCUUCCGUCUCCUCGUCAUCCUCCUCUGCCCCCUCCUCUUUAGCCCCUCUUUCCCCUGUCAGUAUGGACUGUGAUCUGAAGUGUCCCAGCUCUUUGCAUGACAGCGCCAUCUCCAGACUCAUUGAUGCUGUGUCCUACAACGAGCAAGACACAUGUGGCUCUAUUUCUGCUUUGAUUGGUCAGUUUGAAAGCACUGUUGACCAAAACGAUCUCACAACUUUAUCUCAUAAUCAUACCCCCUUCCGCCACUCAAACUGCAGGCCUAUCAAUCCUCUGCAAGAGUUAAGGUCUCCUCUCAAGACCAACACUGCAUCCACUAACAUGAAACACCUAUUAAGUCCCCAAAAAAUAGCUCAAAAAACAAAUAAUGUAAAACAUGAAAUCAUCUCACAGACAGAUGCACCUGCUUCAGCCCUCCUCUCCAGCCCAGAAACUGCUGAGCUUGAGGAGGUCUACACAAUUCUGGAUGAGGAGGUGCUAUUGCCUGUGUCAGUGUACAACCUGAAGAAACAGACUGUCCAUAUUCAGGCAGACACUAUGGGGAGCACACCAUCAAACGGCUUAGGGUCUUCUCCAGCAAAGACAGUUCAGGGUUUAGGGAAAGGGCACAAUGUGGGCUGGGAUGAAAUGAGAAAGAGGGGCGAGAGUGAAGAAAUUGAGGAGGCUGAGGAAAGUGUAUACGAGGAAGUGCAUGAUCCCCCAGCACUACUACCAGAGAUAGAAUGGGGUACUUCUAAAAGGUACAUGGGCUCCUCUGUAAACAAUGACUGUUUUCAGUUUCUCCAGGACUCAGCUGGUAAUGCUUUUGCAGAAGUGGAGAUAAAUGUGGAUGAGGAUCCAUUGGAGAUAACCCUGACCUCGCCGAGACAUAACAGUCAAUGGGAGGGGCUCAUAAGUCCAACCAAACGGCAUGCUAUUUACCAAAACCAUGAGUCCACACCGAACUACUACCAUCAAAAACAGCCUUCAUCAUACCGUGACCCUCAACAACAGUACCUGUCCCAUGCACCUCAUGUAGCAUUUUCACAGUGUCCCUCCCCAAUGAAUCAACCUUCCUAUCAGCUGCCCAAUCACCACCAACAUCUGAACAACUCCCAGCCUUCUCCGUUUCACAGAACCGCCAACACUAGACCUUCCAACCCGAGUCCACUGCGUCAGAACAGCUACCCCGUUCCUCUGAGCAAUUCUGAGGCCUUUAGCAACAACAGAGACUUCAGUAGUUCCUACACACAACAGAGGAGCUAUAGUGGCAGCCAGAUUCUAAAUAGGUGUCAUCAAGAUAGGUUAGGGUAUGAACAAAUAGAGAGGGAGCAAGUAAGGUCCUUUUACAAUGGUUUCUCCUCAUCUGAAAGCCUCCCUGGCCAAUCUUCUGCUUCUUUAAACAUCUGCAAAGACAGAACUCUAUAUUCCCCUUCUUCAGACUGUGAUGCAGUGUACAGCCACCUGGACUAUGACUGCAUCAUCCCCCCAUCAGAGUCUUCGGUCCCUCAAAACACCCAGCCAUACUGCCAAAGGGAAACACAAUCAUACACUCCAAAACAGUCAUGGAACCAAAAGGUUUCCCUUAAUAAUACAAGGCACCAGCCACAGCCUGAAUCCAGAGUUUCACUGCACUCAAAUUUAGACCCUUUAUCAAUAAAACCCCAGCCAGAUACCAUAGACUCCACAGCCCCGAGCCCAUGUAAGUCCAAGUCCCUGGGAGACUUGACUUCUGAAGACAUAUCAUGCAACUUCCAGAGCAAAUACCACAUUAUUAGUCGCAGUUUCAUCACUCCCCAUAUGAGGAAGCAAAAGAGGAUGGGCACCAUGGGGGGAUUAACUCUCCAAUCACAGUCUUGUGAUCCACUCACAGAACAACUUCGUAGGCUGGUCAGUCUGGAGGGGGAUGAUAGUGACAGAGAUAGGCCCCAACCUCCUCAGUUGCACCAGGAAGCAAAAUCCCCAGUAUCACAGCCACAGGCAACAAGUAUAGCUCCUGUUGUUCCCAGGGAUGUAGAUGAUUCCCCUCCACUCCUGACUCGCCGCUUAUCCUCUCGCAGUCAAAGCCGAGUGCGUCACAUCAACAGCCGUGCCCGCGAAAGACAGCAAGAGGCUCUGAAGCCUCGGGCAGGUGUGGUGAUCAAUAGUACUGCCGGCCUUGGGGGUGUAGUAUUGAGGAAUAAACCAGCCUCACAGAAUCCACCAGCUAACAGACACUCUACUGGUUCUUACAUAGCAGGCUACCUUGGCCAGCUGGAGGACAGGGGACUUCCUGAAGGAGCUUGUACAUCAUUACGUUAUGGAAAUGGGGAUCAUUAUGGAGAUAGGUAUUAUACUGAUGACUCUCUUCCACCUGCUGACUCCAACCACUCUGCGUCAGAGCCUGAGGUCUACUUUCUGCUUAGACUGUAAAAUGAGAUGAACAAUCAAGCAGUGAUUCUUGAUGAUGUUCAAUUACACCAAAAGCCAGAAGAUGAAGAAGGAGAUAAAUACUUGCUAUAGUUUGUUCCCAUGUUCACAGACCAGUAGGUUUCUCUUAUAACAGUUCAAUUAAUCUUAUUCUGGGCUAAAGAUACAGUAUAGUCUGUACAAUGUAAGUGAAACACCACAUAAUCCAUGGUUGGAUCUGACAGCAUGAAUUUCCUGUAUGAAAUGUCCACUAUCUAAUAGUGAAUGGUCUUUCUAGUCUGGCAGUGUAUUGUCUAUAUUCUGCUUGAUGUGUAAAUGUUCGUGGGAACUUUGAUUCCCUCCAAAAGGCUUCCUAGACUGAUUGUACAGAUACUUGUUAUCUUUGUCCCUGUGAUGUACCGUCCAAACUUUGUACAUUGACUAUGAAGCAAAAAAAAGAAGAAUUGGGUUGUAAGCAGAGAGGGAAUGUCUUUCUUUGUAUCAUUUGAAUGUGUGGUAUAAUCAAACAGCUACUUUUAAUAGAUGGGAUUCAUCUUUUCAAAGAUCAAAUGUAAGUCUUCCUUCUCUUUUCAGUGGUAUUUCUUUAUUUGUGUUGUGUAUAAAUAUUCCUGUCACUGUUUUUAAUCUAAGAUGGGUUUUAGUUGAUAACCAAUUCUAACUGUACAUUUAUGUUUGUGCAUGUUACCUGUGAACAUGUCAGGCAUGACUAUGCACCAAUUUAUACAAUAGAUGUUGCAUCGCCCAACAACAAUUGCACAGAGCAAAUAGUUGCAUUGGAUACAACAGAGGACAAAGGCUUGUUUGUGUUAGGUGCAAUACAAAACUUCCAUGCUUGGACUUGUUGCUGUCUAUGAUUUGUAGAAUUUGAAAACAUGAUUGCAAAUCUUAAAGAUUUGGAGUUUAAAGGUUUUUAUUUUUAUAAUUACUUUGAUACAGCCUGCAAAAAUAAUCUCUUGUUGGUUAUGGUGAUUUUAUUUUGUAUAACUUAAUGGAAUGAAAAACAGAAUGACAACUACACAGGGCCAGGCUGAGGAAGGGAGGGUGGUAAAGCAGUUUUUUUUUAUUGUUUCAGUGUUACACCAUCCUUUAUUCUUUGUAUUGUUGCUCAUCGGAGGACUGUGAGCAUUUUCCUACCAAUGCAAUAAAAUAUUGAAAUAUUUGAUUCCAAGAAA